AUGUCUGGGAAGCCUGUGCUUCACCACUUCAAUGGCCGGGGCAGAGUGGAGUGCAUCAGGUGGCUCCUGGCUGCAGCAGGCGUGGAGUUUGAAGAGAAGUUUAUAGAAUGCCCAGAAGAUUUGGAAAAGUUAAGAAAAGAUGGGAAGUUGAUGUUUGAGCAAGUGCCCAUGGUGGAGAUUGACGGGAUGACGUUGGUACAGACCAGAGCCAUUCUCAACUACAUUGCCACCAAAUAUGACCUCGAUGGCAAGGACGUGAAGGAGAGAGCCCUGAUUGACAUGUAUGCAGAGGGUAUUGCCGAUCUCAGUGAAAUGAUGGGACAACUGGUUGUCACACCCCCAGAUCAAAAAGAAGCCAAGAUUGCUUUGAUAAAAGACAGGACCAAAAACCGGUACUUGCCUGCCUUUGAAAAAUGGGUGCAUGGCCACAGCCAGAACUUGAUCUGUGGAAACAGACAUGCCAGAAUUGAUGUUGCAAGGAUGCAGGUGGUCGUGUUCUGGGAGGGGUUCAGAUUUUUUUGGAGUGUCCACAUGAGCAGUUCUGAAUCUCAGGUUUUGUUUUCUGGAUUACAGGCCCUGAAGAGCAGACUCAGCAACCUGCCCAAUGUGAAGAAGUUCCUACAGCCUGGCAGCCAAAGAAAGCCUCCCAUUGAUGAGAAAGUACUUGAAAAGGCAAAGAAGAUUUUCAAGUUGUCAUAA